AUGAGAGUCACGGAAACGUUCAGCUUGGUGCUUAUCAUGUCAGGGAUCUGUCUGGGUAUGCCAGCUGGGAACUAUUCGAAAGUCUUAUUGGAGGUAGAAAGUAAUGCUCUUGGCGGCGAAUCGCUUAUAGGACAAGACAAGCACAAUGUUACCAUGGGAGAAAAAAAUACCUAUACGAAUACGUCAACUGUGAAACAAGAAAUAUUAAGUGAGAGCGAAGGCGGGGCGUCCACUGAAAUGGAAUACAACAAAACCAAAGGAGGACAUUCAGGUGUCAAUAAUACAAGAGAUGGGUAUACGAUCAGUCCUUCAACAGGAAACGAAGUUCUCCUUACAACCAUUGCUGAAUAUUCCAAAACUAACUCACUCUCAAAAGUGGCAGUGGAAUUUGCCACAUCCAACGGAUAUUCUGCAGCAACAAAUAAAACGGACUCAGCUAGUGCCAGCCCUGAUUUCGUCACCUCAUCUGUUUAUGUGACAGAAAAAAGCUUGGCGCAAUCAACUGUAUCUACACAGGCCCCUGACGACACAGAAAAACCGCUUGAGAGAGUUGGAAUUCCCGUCACUCUGGCACCUGAAACGACCGAACUUCCAACAAUAACGUUGCCCAAGAUAACGGAAACACCCCCAAGACCAUUAGCUCUUGCUACCACAGAUCGCAUAUCAGCCCCAGCUAAUGAAGCCACUACCAAGGACCAGUUCGUAAAUGUCUCCUCUGUGACAAGAAGAAAACCCGUUGAAAUAAUAUCUGUUACCACAGGAAUACCUGGAAGAGAAGCCACUGUUCUUUCAACAACAGAACCCACAACCAUCACAACACAAGAAUCUGUGACAGAAACCACAACAGUGACAACACCAGAGCUUGUGACAGAAACCACAACAGUGACAACACCAGAGCCUGUAACAGAAACCACAACAGUGACAACACCAAAGCCUGUGGCAGAAACCACAACAGUGACAACACCAAAGCUUGUGACAGAAACCACAACAGUGACAACACCAAAGCCUGUGACAGAAACCACAACUGUGACAACACCAGAGGCUGUGACAGAAACCACAACAGUGACAACACCAGAGCCAGUGACAGAAACCAUGAUAGUGACAACACCAAAGCCUGUGACAAAAACCACAACAGUGACAACACCAGAGCCCGUAACAGAAACCACAACAGUGACAACACCAGAGCCUAUAACAGAAACCACAACAGUGACAACACCAAAGCCUGUGAGAGAAACCACAACUGUGACAACACCAGAGGCUGUGACAGAAACCACAACAGUGACAACACCAGAGCCAGUGACAGAAACCAUGAUAGUGACAACACCAGAGGCUGUGACAGAAAUAACAACAGCGACAACACCAGAGGCUGUGACAGAAACCACAACAAUGACAACACCAGAGCCCGUAACAGAAACCACAACAGUGACAUCACCAGAGCCCGUAACAGAAACCACAACAGUGACAACACCAAAGCCUGUGAGAGAAACCACAACUGUGACAACACCAGAGGCUGUGACAGAAACCAUAACAGUGACAACACCAGAGCCAGUGACAGAAACCAUGAUAGUGACAACACCAGAGGCUGUGACAGAAACCACAACAGUGACAACACCAGAGCCUGUGACAGAAACCACAACAGUGACAACACCAGAGCCUGUAACAGAAACCACAACAGUGACAACACCAGAGCCUGUAACAGAAACCACAACAGUGACAACACCAAAGCCUGUGACAGAAACCACAACAGUGACAACACCAGAGCCUGUAACAGAAACCAUAACAGUGACAACACCAGAGCCAGUGACAGAAACCAUGAUAGUGACAACACCAGAGGCUGUGACAGAAACCACAACAGUGACAACACCAGAGCCUGUGACAGAAACCACAACAGUGACAACACCAGAGCCUGUAACAGAAACCACAACAGUGACAACACCAAAGCCUGUGACAGAAACCACAACAGUGACAACACCAGAGCCUGUAACAGAAACCACAACAGUGGCAACACCAGAGCCAGUGACAGAAAACACAACAGUGACAACACCAGAGCCUAUAACAGAAAUUACAUCCGAGGCAACAAAAGAGCCUGUGACAGAAACGACAAUGGUGAGAACACCAGCCCCUGUGAAAGAAACUAUGACAAUGACAACACCGGAGCCUGUGACAGAAACCACAACAGUGACAACACCAGAGCCUGUAACAGAAACGACAACCGUGACAACACCAUCUUCUGUGACAGAAACCAUGAUAGUGACAACACCGGAGCCUGUGACAAAAACCACAACAGUGACGACACCAAAGCCUGUAACAGAAACCACAACAGUGACAACACUAAAGUCUGUGACGGAAACCACAACUGUGGCUACACCAGAGCCUGUGACAGAAAUGACAAUAGUGAGAACACCAGCUCCUGUGAGAGAAACCACAACCGUGGCAACACAAACUCCUUUGACAGAAACCACGGCAGUGACAACACCAGAGCCUGCGACAAAAACCACAACAGUGACAACACCAGAGCCUGUGACGGAAACAACUACGGUGGCAACCUCAGAGCUUGUGACAGAAACCACAACAGAAACAACAAGAGAGCCUGUGACAGAAAUGUCAUCCGUGACAACACCAGCUCCUGUAAAAGAAUCCAUGACAGUGACAACGCCAGAGUCUGUGACAGAAAUCACAACAGUGACAACACCAGAGGCUGUGACAGAAGCAACUACGGUGGCAAUAACAGAGCCCGUGACAGAAACCACAACAGUGACAACACCAGAGCCUGUAACAGAAACCACAACAGUGACAACACCAGAGCCUGUAACAGAAACCACAACAGUGACAACACCAAAGCCUGUGAGAGAAACCACAUCCGAGGCAACAAAAGAGCCUGUAACAGAAACGAAAACCGCAAGAACAACAGCUCCUGUGACAGAAACCACAACAAGCCUGUGA